AUGGCAAGGACAAAAGGAAGUGAGGCCAUGAAGAAGAAGAAGGAUCCAUUCAUGGAACCACCAAGGAAACAAAUCAAGCUAAGGAGCAGUAGCUCCAAUGCAAGAGCAGCAACACCAUCACCACCACAUUCCAUCGUUGCAAUUCAAGAACAUGAGGAGAGUCCAAGAAGAGAAGAUGAUUGGGCACUUGUAAGCUUUGUUGGAGAGCAAGUCCAAUACCCAAGAAAGUACAAGAAGGCAAUGAAGAAGGUGAACAUAGAACCUUGUGUGAAGAUGGACACCCCAACCCUUGACCUUCUCAAGAUAAGAGAUGAUGUCACAUGGUAUCUAAGGAAGCUUGGCUUGAGCAAGCUCUUCAAGAUAGAGUGCAGCGAGUACUCAAUGCUAACCAAGGAGUUCCUCUCCACAGUCGCUCUAGCCUUCCCUAACAACAACGGAGACCAAUGA